AUGCUUCGAUCGAUCCUCUACAGCAUCCUGAGCCAACAUGAGGCUUUCUUUUACCAUCGCUUCCAAAGUGAAUAUCGUCGUAAAUUGUCUGAAGGCGACGGUUGCGAUGGAUGUCCCGUAUCUUGGGACUAUUUGUCGUUGAAGAAUCUCCUUUCAUCUCUACGAGAUUACGCAGAACAGGAACGGUUCUAUCUCAUCAUCGAUGCAGUCGACGAAUCCGAUGACAAGGACAGACGCGAGAUUCUAGAUUUACUCCUUAGCAUUUGUUCGGAGACCAAAUUCUGCUCUAUAAAGGUGUUUAUGGCAAGUCGACCAGUCGCAGCUCUCGAACGCCGAAUUAGCGAAUUUCACAGCUUCAUUCGGCUACAGGACGAGACACAAUCGGAUAUCUUCAACUUCGCCAGUGCAUUUCUACAACGCGUGGAUUUUCCACAGUUUGUUGAUCAGGCAAGAAGAUAUAUGGUUGAGAAUGCCAACGGUGUAUUCUUGUGGGUAAAGCUGGUAGGAGAGGAAUUACUCGCCUACGAUGAGCAAGGCUGUGCUGAGGAAGACAUAUUUGAGUUUUUGAGGAGUCUUCCUACCGAGCUGGACGAACUUUACCAACGAAUGCUUGAUAAAAUGACUGCAAGAACAGAGAAAGAACAGAGAGAUGGAGUCAAGAUGUUUCGUUUCGUUUUGUUUGCUGGCCGUCCGCUUUCGGUUAGUGAGCUCCUCCAUGCGCUUGGUAUUCCGGAUCGCCCUGGAACAGAAUUCCUAGCCUCAGAAGAGCUGUUCCAAAGACGAAUUCCGCAUGAAAGACGAAUCGUACAUUGCGGUGGCAAUUUCCUAGAAAUUAGGCAGCACAUCAGUACUUGGGCCUCCAGCUCUUCAGGAAAAGCUACAGUCCAGGCUAUGCACCAAACGGUCCGCGAAUUCUUUCUCCGUCCUAAUGGGUAUGUAGCUAUGUCCAAGUUCAAAAUGGUCGGAGACGAUGCUCACGUUUCCAUGGCUAUUACCUGUAUCCGAUACCUCAUGCUUUGCACUGCAAACAUGGCAACAAGACCCUCGGAUGUCAGGAAGUGGAAUUUGCAAGAUUUCGUAAGCUGUGUUCAUCAUCUUAACCAAAGGCCGCUGGCAAGCUAUGCUCUGGUGCAUCUCAAAUAUCACCUGGAUCGUUGCCGGGGAGAUGCCUAUGUCGGGAGAUUGAAGGCUCAGUUUAUCGAUGAAUUGAUUCACACUUCUGAUGGGGCUACCUAUUUGCUAGAAAGGUGGGCAAGAUCACAGCUCAGGGAAACUUUACUCAGCGAGCAAUCAAACUCUAUUGCAGAGGCAUUCAGAGAUAUGGCUCUGAAUACAGCAGUCAACUAUGGGUUUUCAGAAGCAACUGAGGUGUUGGCUCUGGCUGGAACUAAUAUUCAACUGAAAGACAAGAAUGGACGCGCCUUAUUAUCAUUGGCGGCAGCUUUAGGGCAUAAAGCGGUGGUACAUAUGCUGCUAGAGUGCCAGGCAGACCCUGAUACAACAGAUAAUGAUGGAAGGACGCCGUUAAGCUGGGCUGCGAGGAACGGGCAUGAGACAGUAGUGAGGAUAUUGCUUGAGAGAACUUCAUAUGUUGGCCUGGAGAAGGAUGGCAUGACACCACUAUGUUGGGCGUCCAUAAAUGGGCACCAGCCUGUAGUGCGGCUACUGCUAGACCAUGGGGCAGAUCCUAAUGUGGUGGAUAACAAUGGGUGGACCUCGCUUGGUAGGGCGACGAAGAAUGGGCAUGCAACUACCGUGGUAUUACUACUUCAGAAAGGCGCAAAUGUUGACAUGAGGAACAAGGCCGGAAGGACAGCCUUGAACCUAGCAGCUAGAAGUGGGCAUGAGGCUCUAGUGCGGUUGUUGCUAAGGUUUGGCGCGGAUGCCAAAGCCGAAGACAAGGCAGGAUUAACAGCGUUAUACUGGGCUGCCCGAAAUGGGCAUAAGACUGUGGUGCAACUCUUACUAGAGCACGGGCAGCAUGGGGUUAUUGAUGCCAUGGAUAAAAAAGGACGGACAGCUCUCGUAUGGGCUGCGAGAAAUAAGGAUAAAGAGACAGUGCAACUUCUCUUACUGCACAAAGCAUGUCUUGAUAUAAUGGAUAAAGGUGGGUCGACAGCGUUAAUAUGGGCGGUCAGAAAAAGGGACAAGGAAAUAGUCCAGGCACUCUUGGGGCAGAAAGUAGAUGUCGACACAAAGGACGACGAAGGAUCUUCGGCGCUAUUAUGGGCAACUAGGAAUGGGGAUAAGGCCAUGUUGCAGCUAUUCUUGGACAUUGGGGCAGACAUUCAUGCAAGGGGUCGGUACGGAUGGACGGCGUUGCACUGGGCAGUCUUGGCUAGGCACAAAGCAAUCGUUCAAUUGCUGCUGGACUAUAAUGUGGAUAUCGAUAUUAGGGAUCACGAGGGUUACACAGCACUAUCAUGGGCUACCAGACAUGGGUAUGAGGAUAUAGCAGGGUUAUUGCUGGGGAGUAAGAAUACUAAACCAGAGGAGUAA